AUGCUUAGAACUUCCGUUAGACAAUUCUCCAAGAGUACUGUGGGUCUUGACAAGAUUAAGGUCAAGAAUCCCAUUGUGGAAUUAGAUGGUGAUGAAAUGACUAGAAUCAUCUGGUCUAGAAUCAAGGACCAAUUAGUCGUACCAUACUUGGACGUUGAUUUGAAGUACUACGAUUUGGGUAUCCAAGCAAGGGAUAAGACUAGUGAUCAGAUCACUGUAGAUGCUGCUAAUGCUAUCCGUGAAUACGGUGUUGGUGUCAAGUGUGCUACAAUUACUCCUGAUGAAGCUAGAGUUAAAGAAUUUGGCUUGAAGAAAAUGUGGUUAUCCCCCAAUGGUACCAUCAGAAACAUCCUUGGUGGUACAGUUUUCAGAGAAUCCAUUAUCAUCCCCAGAAUUCCUAGAUUAGUACCAGGUUGGGAAAAGCCAAUUGUCAUUGGUAGACAUGCUCAUGGUGAUCAAUAUAAGGCCACUGAUUUGGUCAUUAGUGAACCUGGUAAAUUGGAAAUGACUUUCACCCCUAAAUCUGGGGGUGAACCAAUUACCAGAGAAAUCUAUAACUACCAAGGACCAGGCGUUGGUUUGGCCAUGUACAACACUGAUGAAUCUAUUACUGGAUUUGCACACUCUUCAUUCAAGAUGGCUUUGAGUACUAAGUUACCAUUAUACUUAUCUACCAAGAACACCAUUUUAAAGAGAUACGACGGUAGAUUCAAGGAUAUCUUUGCCGAAGUAUAUGAUUCCUUCUACAAGGACCAGUUCGAAUCUGCUGGAUUGUGGUACGAACAUAGAUUGAUUGAUGAUAUGGUUGCUCAAAUGAUCAAAUCUAAGGGUGGGUUCGUUAUGGCUUUGAAGAACUAUGAUGGUGAUGUUCAAUCUGAUAUUGUUGCUCAAGGGUUCGGAUCAUUAGGUUUGAUGACUUCAGCUUUGAUGACCCCCGACGGUAAGGCUUAUGAAUCUGAAGCUGCUCAUGGAACUGUCACUAGACAUUACAGACAACAUCAACAAGGUAAGGAAACAUCCACCAACUCCAUUGCCUCUAUUUUUGCUUGGUCAAGAGGUAUUGCUCAAAGAGGUCGUGUUGAUGGAACUCCCGAAGUUGUCGACUUUGCUAACUUAUUGGAAAAGGCCACCAUUGACACCGUUCAAGAAGAUGGUAUUAUGACCAAGGAUUUGGCUUUGGCUUGUGGUAAGACUGAGAGAUCAGCUUAUGUUACUACCACCGAGUUCUUGGAUGCUGUUGCUGACAAGUUGAAGGCUUACAAGAAGUAA